AUGAUCGAAGUGAGCUGUAACGACAGACUAGGAAAAAAGGUGAAAGUGAAAUGUCUUCCCUCAGAUAGUGUUGGAGACUUUAAGAAAGUACUCGGUCUUCAAAUCGGAACAGACGCCAGUAAGAUUGUGUUGAAAAAGGGAUACAUGAUUUACAAAGAUCAUAUUACAUUAGAGGAUUAUGAAAUACACGACGGGAGCAACUUGGAGCUAUACUAUGCAUAA